AUGUUCCUAAUGAUCAGGAAGGGAUUAUACUCUUGGUAUUCUGCGUAUCAAUGGAGGAGUCAGCUAAUGUCAUCAGCAUACCAGUGCUCAUACUACCUCCAGGGGCCUCAGUUGAAACCAUCAGACGUCAAAAAAGCGCGAGGAAUAGCGACAAUAUACUACCAGAACCAAUUGAGCCUCUGGUUAGGUUCAGAGGCCUUCAACCUGGGCUAUAGCACCGAUGGGAGAUUGAAGCCAAAAAAAUCGCCAGAUACAUCCCAGCAAAAUCCCGACUCGCCCAAUUCGCCAAGUCCAUCAACUCAAAGCGACGUGGAAUCGACAGAAUGGGACGAGGCUAACAAACUCCCGCCAUUAAUUUCAAUUCCGUUCGAAUCUACAGGAGACUUUUCAUCUGAUGGCCUUGCAAAUGCGCGGGCUGCAGCUAAGAACAAUACAUGCUUUGGAAUGAUUCAUAACACGCGAGUAAAAUUACUCGAUCCAGCCACAGUCACUCGAGAAACUCCCGGGGAAGACCUUUCGAAGGAAGAUCAUCUUUAUUCUCUUGAGCUUGCCUUCAAAGAUGGGUGCGCCUUUGUGAGUUUUCCCGCUAAGGAAAGGUUUGCAGUCUUGAAUGAAGGGGUUGCCAAAGUCCUGCGUGACAUCUCAGCUCUGUCGAAUUGCCGGUUUGACGCCUACUUGGAAUUCGAAGAAUGGAGAUCGUUACUAGAGAGUCUAUGCAAAUCUGAAAAGCACAACUUUUUCCCUAUCGACAUUAUUAUUUACGGCUCAAAAUCGAUUCGCACCGGGAUUGGCACUUUGCUUUCCGAUAGUAAAAUAUAUCUGCAGCAUCCAUGCUAUGAGGAACCUGAUACGGAUUAUGAUAACCCACAUUUUUUGAAACUUGAUGGCCUUUCUUCUGCCUUACAGUCUUCAAGUGGCAGCUUGGAAAGUGGAAAGCAAAUUAUAUCUAAAGAUAUCCUUGGCUUUAAUAACAAACCAGUGGACGAGCUUACCACACAAUCUCAACUCCGCCGAAGAAUGGCCACCGUGUAUGAUUCAUUGACCCGUUCAAAAAAACUCGAGAGAAUAGAAGCGGAUAUCAGAAUAACCACAGAGCUGCUACCUCAUCAAGAAGAAGCUUUGUGUUUCAUGGAACAGAGAGAACUGGGGCCGGUCCCAAGUGAAUUCUGCCUGUGGCAAUCACGAAUCCGCCAGAAUCAGUCGUACUAUGAGCAUUCAAUCACGGGUCUAAAGACUACGGAAUGUCCGACAGAAUGUAUUGGGGGCAUAUUAGCCGACGAUAUGGGCUUAGGGAAGACUUUGACAGUCAUUUCCACAAUCAUACGAACAAGUGAGCGUGCAAGAUCUUUUGCCACGAAUCAGGAUGGCAGUGCGUUCCUCGUUUCGGAGAAGACUGAAAAUUCGCAACGUGCGAUUUCAAGGUCGACACUUGUCGUUGUGCCUUCACCAUUGUUGAUUGACGAGUGGCUACAAGAAGGACCUGAGAAUUUAACCAAAUUAUUAUGUAGCCAUUGCGACGGAUCUUUGAAUGUCACGAGAUAUCACGGUCGAGGUCGUGAAGUGGAUCCAUACGCCCUCGCUGACUCUGAUCUCGUGCUAAGCACGUAUGCAACUAUUGCAGCUGAAUCGCUUCAACCAGAAAGCGCGCUAUACAGAGUAAUUUGGUUUCGUGUUGUUCUUGAUGAAGCUCAUACCGUGAGAAAUGGUUCUGCAAAAGUAUUCAAAGCAGUUUCAAAGAUACCAGGAAAUUUUCGCUGGUGUUUGACAGGAACACCCGUUCAAAAUAGUCUUGAGGAUCUUGCUUCUCUCGUUGCAUUCAUUCGCGCUGGACCACUUGACAGUCUUCCCGACUUUCGGAAGCAUAUCAUUUCUCCACUCGUGAAAGGAACUGAGCAGGGUAUGAAUAAUAUUCGCCUUCUUCUGGACUCUAUAUGUUUACGGAGGACUCAAAAAUUGCUUCAUCUACCUGAGGUGUCCGAUGAAGAUCGGUAUAUCGAGUUCACGGCCUCGGAGAAGUCACUAUACAGCAAUACUCAAGCGGAAAUGAUCAAGGCCAUCAAGCAACACGACAGUCAUGACAGAAAUACCAAAGGAUAUUUCGGAAUAUUCCAACUUCAACUGCAACUUCGUCGGCUGUGUAAUCACGGAACCUUUCAAAGGUCUUUCUCUCAUAUAUCUGCCGAAGGAGCUUCAUUCGACCCUGAAGAAGCUCUUGCUCUUUUGAAAGAGAGGGGUGAAGGGAAAUGCGCCUAUUGCAAUACUCAUGUCACAGGUUUGAAAGAUAUCGAAGACAUUGUCAGUGGCAAGUUCACUGUCUGUGGCCAUUUGUUAUGUUCAGGCUGCCUCCCACGAUUUGAAGAAGGACUAAAGACUGGAAAAUCCACCUCACGCUGUCCACUAUGUCUUAGAGACAUCAGCCGAAAGUUUCUAGCAAGUGACGAGGAAAUAGCUGAGGGGGCCGGAAGCAAUCUGAAAACGGAAUUGAGAUACUUCGAAGAACGCGGUGUGUCUUCGAAACUUUCUAGCCUAGUCAUGGACCUCAAACAGAAUACGACGGAAGGCAAAAGUAUCGUCUUUUCAUGCUGGACUCGAUCCUUGGAUCUGGUCGGCAGAUACCUCACUCUAGAGAACAUACAAUUCGACAGGAUCGACGGUACCUACUCCUCGGCUCAGAGACACAAUGUUUUACAGCACUACCACUCUGAUCCAAAUGUUCGAGUCCUGCUAAUGACAACGGGAACUGGGGCAGUAGGGCUGAAUCUGACCAUCGCCAGCUGCGUCUAUCUAUUGGAACCGCAGUGGAACCCUAUGGUUGAAAGUCAAGCUGUUGCACGGGUUUUGAGACUUGGUCAGCGCAGGAAUGUCAAAGUGAUACGGUAUAUCGUCAUAGAUACGGUUGAAGUGGGUAUGCGAUCUCAGCAAUCCAGAAAACGCGACUUUGCUAGGCUCGGAUGGAAAGAAGAUUCCUAA